CGGCGCGGCCGGGGCCGGUCCCGGCAUCCCUGAGCGAGCGGGCGGUCCCGGGUCGGGAGUUCGUGAGCGGACCGGCGGCCCCUGAGCGGGCCGGGGAAUCCCGGUGUUGCCGCGAUGUCGAUGUCGCACCUGUACGGCACGGACGGAGACGAUGGCGUGGAGAUGGAGAGCUUCGAGGUGUCGGACUGGGACCUGCAGAACGAAUUCAACCCGCACCGGCAGCGGCACCGCCAGACCAAGGAGGAGGCGACCUACGGCGUGUGGGCCGAGCGCGACUCGGACGAGGAGCGGCCCAGCUUCGGCGGGAAGCGCUCCAGGGAUUACUCGGCCCCCGUGAGCUUUGUCAGUGCUGGGCUGAGGAAGGCGGCAGCUGAGGAGCUCUCGGAUGAGGACUCGGAUGAUGAUGAGAAGCCUGUGAAGCAGGAGGAGAUUCCCAAGGAGUUUGUGCCCAAGAAGUUAAAAACAGGUGGAAAUUUCAAGCCCAGCCAGAAAGGCUUUGUAGGGGGCUCCAAGUCCUUUGUGGAUUUUGGCAGCUGGGAGAGACACACUAAAGGAAUUGGACAGAAGCUUCUGCAGAAGAUGGGAUAUGUCCCUGGAAGGGGUCUGGGGAAGAAUGCUCAAGGAAUCAUCAAUCCCAUCGAGGCCAAGCAGAGGAAAGGCAAAGGUGCUGUGGGUGCUUACGGCUCUGAGAGGACCCCGCAGUCCUUGCAGGACUUCCCUGUGGUGGACUCAGAAGAGGAAACUGAGGAGGAAUUUCAGAAGGAGCUCAGCCAGUGGCGGAAGGACCCGAAUGGAGGCAAGAAAAAGCCCAAGUACAGCUACAAGACAGUGGAAGAGCUGAAAGCCAAGGGCAGGAUCAGCAAGCAGCUUGCAGCCCCUCAGAAGGAGCUGUCCCAGGUCAAGGUGAUUGACAUGACGGGCCGGGAGCAGAAGGUUUAUUACAGCUACAGCCAGAUCAGCCACAAGCACAACAUCCCAGAUGACAGCCCCCAGCAGCCCCUGGGCAAGGACUCCAAGCCCCAGGGCUUUGCCCUGCCCGAGCUGGAGCACAACCUGCAGCUGCUCAUCGACAUCACGGAGCAGGAGAUCAUCCAGAGCGACCGGCAGCUGCAGUACGAGAGGGACAUGGUGGUCAACCUGAGCCACGAGAUCCAGAAGAUGGCUGAGGUGCUGUCCCACGAGGAGAAGGCCAUCAGCAACCUCAGCAAGGUGCUGGACAUGGUGGAGGAGUGUGAGAGGCGGAUGCAGCCAGGCUGUGAGAACCCCCUGACCCUGGAUGAGUGUGCAAAGAUCUUUGAGACCCUGCAGGACAAGUACUACGAGGAGUACAGGAUGUCGGACAGGGUGGACCUGGCAGUGGCCAUAGUUUAUCCCCUCAUGAAGGAAUACUUCAAGAAUUGGGAUCCCCUCAAGGACUGUACAUAUGGCACAGAGAUCAUAGCCAAGUGGAAGAGCCUUCUGGAAAACGAUCAGCUGUUAUCCCACAGUGGGCAGGACCUGUCAACAGAUGCUUUUCACAGACUGAUGUGGGAGAUCUGGAUGCCGUAUGUCAGAAACAUCGUGGCACGGUGGCAGCCAAGGAACUGUGGAUCCAUGGUAGAUUUCUUGGAUAGCUGGGUGAAUGUUGUUCCUGUGUGGAUACUGGAUAACAUUCUGGAUCAGCUCAUCUUUCCCAAGCUGCAGAAGGAGGUGGAGAGCUGGAAUCCACUGACGGACACGGUGCCGAUCCACUCGUGGAUCCACCCCUGGCUGCCGCUGAUGCAGGCGCGGCUGGAGCCGCUGUACUCGCCCAUCCGCAACAAGCUGGCCAACGCCCUGCAGAAGUGGCACCCCAGCGACUCCUCUGCCAAGCUCAUCCUUCAGCCCUGGAAGGAUGUGUUCACUCCCGGCUCCUGGGAGGCUUUCAUGGUCAAGAACAUCGUGCCUAAACUCGGGAUGUGUCUGAAUGAGCUCAUCAUCAACCCGCACCAGCAGCACAUGGAUGCCUUUUACUGGGUGAUCGACUGGGAGGGGAUGAUUUCUGUCUCCAGCCUCGUUGGACUGCUGGAGAAACACUUCUUCCCAAAGUGGCUGCAGGUGCUCUGCUCUUGGCUCAGCAACAGCCCCAACUACGAAGAGAUCACCAAGUGGUACCUGGGCUGGAAGUCCAUGUUCUCAGACCAGGUGCUGGCACAUCCCUCCAUCAAAGACAAGUUCAAUGAAGCCCUUGACAUCAUGAACCGGGCUGUGUCCUCCAGUGUGGGUGGGUACAUGCAGCCGGGCGCCCGGGAGAACAUCGCGUACCUGACGCACACGGAGCGCCGCAAGGACUUCCAGUACGAGGCCAUGCAGGAGCGGCGCGAGGCCGAGAACAUGGCCCAGCGCGGCAUCGGCGCCGCCGCCGGCUCCGUGCCCAUGAACUUCAAGGACCUCAUCCAGACCAAGGCCGAGGAGCACAACAUCGUCUUCAUGCCCGUCAUCGGGAAGCGGCACGAGGGCAAGCAGCUCUACACCUUCGGCAGGAUUGUCAUCUACAUCGACAGGGGCGUGGUGUUCGUGCAAGGGGAGAAGACCUGGGUGCCCACCUCGCUGCAGAGCCUCAUUGACAUGGCCAAGUGAGGUCUCUGUGCCAGCAGAGACCACCUGGGUGCCCACCUCACUGCAGAGCCUCAUUGACAUGGCCAAGUGAGGUCUCUGUGCCAGGGGAGAUCACCUGGGUGCCCACCUCGCUGCAGAGCCUCAUCGACAUGGCCAAGUGAGGCCUCUGUGCCAGGGGAGAUCACCUGGGUGCCCACCUCGCUGCAGAGCCUCACUGACAUGGCCAAGUGAGGUCUCUGUGCCAGGGGAGAUCACCUGGGUGCCCACCUCACUGCAGAGCCUCAUUGACAUGGCCAAGUGAGGCCCCGCUGGGGACUCUGUCACCACCCAGGAACAGCCUCCAGGUAACCCUUAGAAUAAGUAAGUUCCAGGUUUGUAAAUAGUGACAGGA